CGGCCAAUGGACGGCAUCGUCGCGGUCACAGCCGGUUGCUGGCUGCGCUGAGUCGCCGGCAGGCGAAGUCUGGCCGCGGCUGCGCGUAGCGGGAAGCCAGAGAGAGACAGAAGGAAGGCGGGAAGCACGGACAGGUCCGGGAACGGGGAGGGGGGAGGACUCCUUCCGAAUAAAUGGAAACUAUACAGAGCUGUACUCAUACAAGACUAGAUGGAAAUUUGGAUGUCGAAAAUGGUCAAAAUGAUAGUUUCCUGUAUUUUGCAUAUGGAAGUAACUUGUUGAGGGAGAGAAUAAUGCUAAGGAACCCAUCUGUUGUGUUUCUCACUCUGGCACACAUUCUGGAUUAUAAACUCGCUUUUGGCUCUUUCCAAGGCAAACCAAGUUCAACAUGGCAUGGAAGUACAGCUACAAUUGUUCAAGCCCCUGGUGAUGAAGUGUGGGGGGUGGUAUGGAAAAUGAACACUACUGAUCUGUGUUCUCUGGAUAGUCAAGAGGGAGUUGAAGCCGGUAUUUAUGUACCAAUAGAAGUCGGUGCUCAUACUCAAGAAGGGAAAGUACUCACGUGUCGAAGUUACCAAAUGAAUAACUAUGUCUAUGGGUUUCCUUCUCCACAGUAUAAAAAGGUACAGCAUAAAAAGGUCAUCUGUAUGGGUGCAGAACAGAAUGGUUUGCCAGCAGAUUAUCAGAAGAAGUUAGAUUCUAUAGAAACAAACAACUAUGAAGGACCUGUGCCAGUGUUUGAAGAAAUUGAAGCUGCUCUCAGGGUGUCCAAGACAGUGCAAUAAUGAUGAUGAUGAUGAUAAUGAUGAUGAUAAUAAACAAACUUUUUAAGAUA